AGAUUGAAGUGUGUGGAGUUUAAAUACGUAAUUGUUUUCCUGUGUUUGAAUAAAUAAAUUCUCAAAAUCAAAAUUAAUUAAACAUUUCAAAUUGUUUCCUACAAUCGUCACAAAACGCAAAUUAGUUACGCACUUAAAUUCACGGUGUAAUUAAGCUAUAAGUAAUCUAUUUAUUUCAUGUUAAUUAUACCACAAAGAAUGUAUCUACUCGUAAGUACUUAGAAUACCGGUUUACUUCGUUCCGAAGAUGUUGUUCGAAUCUAACUUCACUCAUAUUUGAAAACGUAUUUUACGUUGAAUUCUGUGAAAAAUUUUACUUUAUUGGUGUAAAAUCUGUGGUAGAAUUAACGACCUCUGUGGUCCAGGACUUGCUUUAGACCCAGAGGACCCAGAUUCGGUAUCCAGUAGGGACAGAUUUUUGUUCUUAAUCCGCCUGGCUAGCUACCACCAUCUCGCAUAAAUCUGUCGCCAUAACAACAAUGUUAACAGCAGCAUCAGCAGCAGCAUUGUUGUGUUCCUGCAGUUGGAGAACCAUGUUCCAGUAUUUAGGAGUAGUGUGCCUUCUGGCCAUCGUGGGAGUAUCCUGCGGGAUCCCAAUUGGAAACGAGAUCGUGGAAGACCAGCAGCUAGUCCUGGCUUUCGUGGUAAACAGGCACGGAGAAAGGACUCCUGAUGCUGACGAGCUCUCUCUGUCAAAUGAACAGGAGAAACUCAAGAACCUGACCGCUAUAGAAGGGCUGGAAGGGCUGACCAAUGUCGGUAAAAGGAGAGCGUACCAAAUCGGCAAGUUCCUUCGACAGAGGUACGGGUCCCAGGGUCAGGAUAUCAUCUCCAGCUUGUACCUGCAGGAUCAGAUCGCCAUCAGAAGCACUGACAAGGAGAGGACCAAAAUGACUAUACAGGUGGCUAUGGCAGCUCUCUACCCCCCAGAAACAGAGCAGCAGUGGGACGAAGGUGUGGGCAAAAUUUGGCAACCAGUACCCUACUUUGCUGUACCAUUGAGCGAAGACUAUCUCCGCUACUACUCAAACUGCGCACGCUUCUCCAACCUGAUGAAGGCAGCCAAGCAGGAGUCCGUCUUCGAAGAGUUCAGGCAGUUCGACGACCUCAUCCCGAAGCUGAAGGCUCUCACUGGGAAAAACUUCACAGAAAACCCUUUGUUGUUCGAGACACUCUUCGACUUGCUGAGGAGUCAGGUCGGUCUGGGUCUAGACAUUCCUGAAUGGGCCAAGCCUCUCCUGCCCAGGCUAGGAGAAGCAGCCAGGCUAGCUUACAGGCUGUACUUCAGAACCGAUGAGAUGAAAAAGAUUGGCGGAGGAGUCCUCCUCAACAACUUCGUGGAAGCCGCCACAGCCUUAACCAAAGGCAAGAGCAUCACCAAGCCUCUCCGUCUGUUCUCCGCCCACGACUUCAACAUUGGAGCCCUAAUGGAGGUGGCCAAGGUGAAGAGUGACCAGAGCAUCCCGGAGUAUGGGGCAGUAUUCGCUUUGGAACUGUACAAGUCGAGGAGCACGGGAGAGUUUAGUGUUAUGCCGGUGUACCUGCCACAGGCUGGCGAGUUCCCAGCCAGCCCACUCCACAUCUACGGCUGCGAAACCGAACAGUACUGCAAUUUCGAGAAGUUUAAGGAAAUGACCAAGCAGUACCUUCUGCCUGAGAGGGAAUUCUACACGCUCUGUGGCAUCAAAACCGAAUUAUAAGACAACUUGAGUAUUAUUUGUGCUGUGGUUUAGUUAGUUUAAUUUUAUGUUAAAGUUAACAGUAGGUAAAUAAAUAGUGUAAUAUCAAUAAAAAUAAUAUCGCCAAAAAUACUUUUAAUAGAAUUUGUCGACUAGACGUUCCGCGUUUCGUUAAUUCUACUCUUUAUCGUUUAGUGGCUGGUAAUAUGAUUGGCAAAGUUAGCCAAAUCUAUACUAAUAUAAUAUUAUAGGUAAAUGCGAAAGUAACUCUGUCUGUCUGUCUGUCUCUCUUUCACGCCUAAAUCACUGAACCGAUUUUGAGGAAAUAUAAUAUUAUAAAUGCGAAAGUAACUCUGUCUGUCUGUCUGUCUGUCUAUCUCUCGUUCACGCCUAAACCACUGAACCGAUUAUGAUGAAAUUUGGCAUAGAGAUAUUUUGAGUCCCGGGAAAGGACAUAGGAUAAUUAUUAUCCCGGUUUUUGAAACAGGAACGCGCGUGAUAAAGUUUUUCUGUGAAAGACAAAAUUCCACGCGGGCGAAGCCGCAGGCGGAAAGCUAGUAGCUUAUAACGGAAUUAGUAAAUGACUAAAUGACAAUUUAAUAACAAAAAAGGUUUUCUAUUGUUUGUUCGGCUUUAUUGAUCAUCGCUUUCCAUCAGGUGAGAUGCAGGAUUGCAGGCUCAUCCUCCUCUUUGUGGUUAAAAUUACACCAUUAUGUUACCAGUAAACGAUAAAAAGUAUAGAAACCCAAAUGUUUUAUCUUACAAGUUGGUAAUUUAAUUAGUAAAACACGUAAAUUGACCUGGAUUCCUCUGAAAUGCUUCAAUUAAAUUUGAAUUACGACUAUAGGAAUAGGAAUUAUAAUCUACUUCAAUCUGAGGUCAAGGUUUUCGUGUAUAGUAUAAAUCAUACAGACGACGGUGCAUCAAGCAAAACGCUAUGGAAAUUGAAUCUUAAUGUUCUUGCAAUAAGAGCAUUGUAUAGUCUGAUGUAUUUUCGCUCGCUGUACAAGUGUACAUAGAAGAAAAAAACUUAAUUUUAUAAAUUAUCCAACAAUCAAGUAUUUUCUGGGAUAUUGUUUUUAUUGCUUUAGUAAAACUUAUAGGAAAUUCUAAAAACAAAAAAAAUGUGUUGCCGGGAGUAUUUAAGUUGUAUUUUUUUAGUAUAAUUUUUAUUUAUUAAAUAAUACUCGUAGGUCGUGAUUUUAAAAGAGAUUUACUUACCAAUUUACAGCUGUUCUAUCAUCUUGAAGUACAUAAUGUAUCAAUUUAAUACAAGAAUAUAAAAAUAAGAAUAUAAUAAUAUUAUAAUAAAAAUAAACAUACCUACCUACUCCGCUAGUAAUAUAAUUAAAACAAAAAUGAAAUUCUUCGCCUCUUACGAUUAAUUAAUAUUAAUAUUAUGUGCCUAAAGGUUAUAAAAAUAUAGGAUAAAUCGAGGGCCUACUUAAUGAAUUAUUUUAUUUUAUUUAUAUUUUUAUUCAUUUUAAUAUGCAUUUGUAUGUAACUCACGGCAGCAAAAAGUCUGUGAUAUGUUGUAAGUUUAAGAAAUA